UGCCAAGAUGUUUCCAAAAGUCGAUGAAAAAAUCAAAAAACGCUCAAUGAAAAUUCAUAAAAAAAUCAAAUUCAAGAGUAAACCAUUUGGACCCUUAUUUGAUCUUUGUACAAAAAUUCAAAAUCAUGAAGACCGCGAUAAGGCUCCGGGCUUCGACGCAGGAGUGGUGCGAUCGGAACUCUAAACCCAAGUCUCCGGUAGUCACUCCCCUCGUCCGCCCGGAACCCACACGGUGGCAAAAGCCGGGACCCAUGGGCCGAAGUGAGUGGGCCAACUUUCACAGUAGCUAUCAAGUUGAUGCAAUGGCCAGUGCAGCUUUACGUAAAGAGCAAAGAUUACGGGGAGGAAAGCAAAAUCCAGAAAGAAAUGGAAAAGAUAGCAAGCUGACUUCCGAGGAUGAGGACUUUUUGAGAGAGAACCAACAACGGAUGAGUAUGCCACGUUGGCAGCGUGGAAAGUACAUUCCACCGACGCCGGAGGAAUUUCCCUAUCGACCUCAUCUCACUGGUCGAAGGACUCCACGUCCGGAACGCGGUAGACCCGUGAAAAAGCCAACGGUUCCGUGCUGCUUCCAGCAUGUGGAUCUCGAGAACGAGUUCUGGGCCAACAUGCGAUUCCCUAUCUCCCGGAAGGCACUCGUAGCCUGUCCCAGCAAGAAGAUCUGUGAACUGUCGCGACCACGCCAAAUACCUCGAAAACCUCACUGUUCGGUGCCCAUGAAUUUCGAUGAUCAGAUGCCCAAACGCCGGAAAAUGUCACCGCGGCAGUGGCGUCAUCAUCUCCAGCGCCUUGAAUUUCUAUCCAAACCAAAUCCACGGGUUAUGGCGGAUCUAGUUUGCUGCUGCUGUUGGAACAAACAGAUUAAUCCUAAACUACAGAUCCGUUAA